CAGGUUGAUCACGCUCCACGUUGUAACAUACACACAGGAUCAGAGUCCUGCGCACCUACUUUUGCAGAGACUACGAAGCACCUGCAGUCAGAUUGCGAGCGUCAGUUAGUAGCCCGGCCACAUUUCAUCAACGCUAAUCCAUGCCCAUCUGCACAAGCUGCACGCAUCCCGUACCUUACCUCUACACGGUGUAUCAAUCGGCAUACAACUUGCGAUUGGAACAGUGUCCUGCCUGCCAUGCUUUCGCAGACCCAUAUGUCGAGCAUGAUACCCUGACAUUGCUGCUGGAUCUCAUACUACUCAAGAGAGAUGUCUACCGUCACCUGCUAUACAAUAGAGGUCUCGGGGCGAGACGUGUCGGCCCUGGCGGAGGCCCUACGACAAGUGCCGGGAUAGAGGGAGGUGCUUUAGCUCAUCCAGGGCAGUUUCCACCUGUUCGAGAAGGCGGUGGAACAUCCGAGCAAGGCACGGAAAAGGCCAGAUGGUGGUUGAUUGCAAGGCUUGGUCUCGCUCUGAUCGCCAUGGACGCGUUCAUCAGGUGGACCCACUUGAGUGUCAGCGUUCCCAGUAGUCUAGACCCGAAUCUCGUCAGUUGGAACCGCCAGGCUGCCGAGACCUUCUUCCGCAUCUUCGCUGGAUGCUUCGUAGAGACCAUUACAUUUCACGCAGGCAUUGUGGCCGCGUGUUACGUUGUUAUGGAUUGUCUGGACUGGUUCCGCUCUUUGAAACCCCCAGCGAAUACGCACGCUUCUGGGAUUCGGCUGGAGUUCAGAUAUUCGCAUGUUCCCCUGACUCUGCUCUACUCGUCCCUAACUAAGCUGUUUUUGCUAUUCCUGCUCUCCGUCUGGCAUCCUGCGUCGCCGAAUCAUAAUCAUGUUGCCGAAAGCACCUUUACUCACCCGAUCAUCGUGAGGCUUCUCAGCCUGCUAGAUGAGGAACGGCUUGAUCGCGAGUGGGUGGUGCGAAACGUUUUGGGGGGCAUGGCCGCAGGGUUCGGACUCCGAGUGGUCCUGGACUGCCAUCCACUGUUCACUACGGCCAUCAUCCUUGCAGGCUGGUCAGUCAAAACCUUAGUUGCAAUGCUCGUAGGGGAUUGGGUGAAACACGGACUCGACGAAGGUGGGAAAAUCAAAGAAGAGAUGUGGUUAGCGUACAGUAUUCCGUAA